GAGAGAGGGCCGGGGGGAGGAGAGUGUAGCUACGGAGUGAGUGGAGGAAGAAGAAGAAGAAAGUCGGGUAAAGAGAGCGAGAACAGGCACUCACUCUAGCAAUCGGUGAGUGUUAGACAACGCGAUGUUCGGCUACGGGGGAGACGUGGAUCGGAGGGAAUAAAAGCGACAAGGAAAAAAAGGACAACAUAAAACUGUCAGCCAGCGACAAAAACAGUCAACAAGAGUGAACCCCGUUCGUCGAUUCGUGUUGGGACCUCCUGGCCCGGGACCUGUGUUUUUCCCCCCCCCCAGCAACUAGGGCUGGACAAAGUGACGCUGCUCCCGGGGCCACAUCGUCUCCGCGGUCUGGGGGAAACUACACAAACAGGAGGCAAACUCUGAGAAGGGAGAGAAGGAGGAGGAGGAGGAGGAGGAGGGGGGGACUGAGAAAGGCAAGACAGAGUGAGAACGGAGGGGGCGACUGGAUCAGUGAGCGAAACGGAGCAAGUGAGCGCAACAGUGACGGACAAAAAAAAGUUUACAGGUUUGCUGCUCAUCAUCCAAAACUUGCUAAGCUAGCUACACUCAAAGGAAAGGAGAAGGGGGAAUUGAGAAAGGGAGGCCGACGUCUACCUCCCGGCCAAGUGACUCAACUAAUUUAUCAAGCCAUCUAGGUAGCCGCAUUCAUCAUGAAAACCCCGGGAGAAUCGGGGUUUGCCUUCCCGGACUGGGCCUACAAGCCGGAGUCGAGCCCGGGGUCCCGGCAGAUCCAGCUCUGGCACUUCAUCCUGGAGCUGCUGCGCAAGGAGGAGUACCACGACGUCAUCGCCUGGCAGGGUGACUACGGCGAGUUCGUCAUCAAGGACCCCGACGAGGUGGCGCGGCUCUGGGGGGCCCGCAAGUGCAAGCCCCAGAUGAACUACGACAAGCUGAGCCGGGCGCUCAGGUAUUACUACAACAAGAGGAUCCUUCAUAAGACUAAAGGGAAGAGAUUCACUUACAAGUUCAACUUCAACAAGCUGGUCCUCGUCAACUACCCUUUCAUUGACAUGGGGUCUGCAGGAAGUGGAGUCCCACAGAGUGCUCCCCCAGUGCCGUCUGGAGCAGGGGCCCAUUUCCGGUUCCCCCCAUCCACGCCGUCUGAUGUGCUGUCCCCGAACGAGGACCUGCGCAGCCCGGGGGUGUUCAGCGCGGUGGCCCGCCGCAUGGCCCGCGGCUCCGUCAGCGACUGCAGCGACGGCACCUCCGUCAACUCGGAAAUCGAGGAGGGCGGGGGCGGCGGAGGGGAGGAGCGAGGCGGCGAGCGGGCGUUGGGCGGGGGAGGGGGCGGCCCCAGCGGCGGCGGCGGCGGAGGGUUCCGGAGCAUCCUGCACCCCCGCCUCUCCCACGACUCCCUGUUCCGCAUGUACGGGCCACCGGCCAACCCCGCCCACCCGCCGCCGCGGGCUCCCCCCGCCCACCGCGUCCACCCCGACCCCCUCUCGCCCUUCCCCGUCUCCCCCCUCCCUGGCCCCGGCGGGGCGGGGCUGCUGGCCCCUCCCCUCUCCCCCGCCCUCUCCAUGACCCCGUCCUCCCACCUGCCCUACACCCCGUCCCCGACCCUCUCCCCCAUGCUGGGCUCCCACUUCUCCUUCAACCCCGAGGACAUGAAGCGCUACCUGCAGGCCCACACCCAGAGCGUCUACAACUACCACCUGAGCCCCCGCGCCUUCCUGCACUACCCCAACAUCAUCAUCCCCCAGCCCCAGCGCCCCGACAAGGGCCUGGGCCCCGCGGCGGGCGGGGCGGGCGGCGGCGAGCGGGGCGGGGCCGAGCGGGGCGCCCCGCACAACAGCCACCACCACGGCCACGCCCACGGUCACGCCCACCCGCUGCACCACCCGCUGCACCUGGGCGAGGAGCCGCCCCACCUCUCGCCCUUCAAGUUCAAGCUGCAGCCGCCGCCACUGGGCCGCAAGCAGCGUGAAGGCCAGGCGCAGGGCCGGCCCGGCUCCAGCAGCUCCGGCUCACUCUCCUCCACCUCCGGCCUGGGCUCCUCCAUGUCCUUCGGCAGCGACCUCAGCUCCGCCGGCGGCUCCGGCGUCGUCUCCAACUCCUCCUCGUCCGGCUCCCUCAACAGCGCUGGCCUGCCCAAGAUCAAGGUGGAGCCCAUCUCCGACAUCGAGUCGGAGGAGGAGGUGGAAGUGACGGACAUCAGCGACGAGGACGUGGACGACCGGGAUGAGGACUUCGACCUCUUCCCUCACCGGCGGGACCGUCAGCUCAACGGCGGCGCGGCACCCCCGCCCGCCGACGACGACCUGGACGAAGACGUGUUCAAGGCCCCCGCCCCGCCCCCGCCGGGCCUGCUGCCCUUCCUGGGCCCCCCCGCAGAGCCCCGCCGGCCCCUGGUCCUGAAGAGCGAGCCGGGCGAGCCCGGGGAGACCCCCCCGGCGGGGGCCCCGCCUGCCAGCCCCGGUGGCACCAAGUGCAUCCCACUCAAGCUGCGCUUCAAGCGCCGCUGGAGCGAGGACCAGCGCAUGGAGGCCAGCUCCGAGGAGUCCGACGACAAGAAGGUGCGGGCCGAGGGCCAGGAGGCCGAGAGGAACGGGGCCGGGGAGGGGGAGGAGAACGGCGAGGGCGAGAGCCCGCCCCCGGCGCUGGACUGCCCGCCCCUGCCCACCCAGCGCCGGGUCAGCGCCGAGCUGCACCGCGCCACCGCCCAACUGUCCCUGGAGAACAAGGACUGCUGAUCUCCACACACACACACACAGAC